UUUUUUUUUGUUUCCUAUAUAUAUUUGUUAAACUAGGGUUUUUCCGUUUACUGAUCCCCCUGCCUGUGAAAGACACUCGCUACGCUAGCAGCUCCCUCUAGCUCUUUCAUUCUGUCUAAUCACAGUUAUGGCGACAGCCACGGGGAUCACCGCACAGCAAGACCCAGCUCAACCUCAGUACGAUGUCAAGCUCUUCAACCGCUGGACCUUCGACGAUGUUCAGGUUGCUGAUAUCUCUUUGAGUGACUACAUUGGUGUACAAGCUUCCAAGCAUGCAACCUAUGUGCCACACACUGCUGGGAGGUACUCAGUUAAACGUUUCAGAAAGGCUCAGUGCCCAAUCGUUGAGAGGCUUACAAACUCACUGAUGAUGCAUGGCCGGAACAAUGGGAAGAAACUUAUGGCAGUCAGGAUUGUGAAGCAUGCCAUGGAAAUUAUUUUUCUCCUGACUGAUCAGAACCCAAUUCAAGUCAUUGUUGAUGCUAUUAUCAACAGUGGACCUCGUGAAGAUGCUACUCGUAUUGGUUCUGCUGGUGUUGUCAGGCGUCAGGCUGUUGAUAUUUCUCCUCUUCGUCGUGUGAAUCAGGCCAUCUAUCUCCUGACCACUGGUGCCCGUGAGUCUGCAUUCAGAAACAUUAAAACCAUAGCCGAAUGUUUAGCUGAUGAGCUUAUUAAUGCUGCAAAGGGAUCAUCUAACAGCUAUGCCAUUAAGAAGAAGGACGAAAUUGAGAGAGUUGCCAAGGCCAACCGUUGAGGAAUUGAACGAGAUUACACAAUGGCAGUGGAGAAUGUUGUUGUUUUAAUCAGAGUACUUUAUAAGUUUUCUUUUGUCUCCUGGACAUGCUACGAAUGUUUUGUUUUGUUUUACAAGUUGACAAGUUAGUUUCUGGUUAAAAUGGAGUUUUUCAGUAGAUACUAUUAAAGAAAGCAUUUUGCUUGUUGAUUAAUUGAGAAGCAUUUUUCAUUGAA